UGCAUGCGCACUCAGUGAGGCAACUCCCGCAGGACCGUAAGGAGCAUGCGCAUCUGGAGCGCGAGCUUGCGCCCUCCUUCUCCAGCGCGGGUGCAUGCGCAGUAGAGGAUCGGAAGCGGCGUCCGGGCGCGGCGGAAGCUGCUCGCUCCUUUCUGCUCGCGGGCGGCCAUCAUGGUGUUCAAACGUUACGUUGAGAUUGGCCGAGUUGCCUACAUCUCCUUUGGGCCACAUGCUGGCAAGCUGGUGGCAAUUGUGGAUGUUAUUGACCAGAACAGGGCGCUAGUUGAUGGCCCCUGCAGUGGUGUAAGAAGGCAGGCUAUGCCCUUCAAGUGCAUGCAGCUAACCGAUUUUGUACUCAAAUUCCCACACAGUGCUCGUCAGAAGCAUGUGCGAGUUGCCUGGGAGAAAGAAAAUAUUAAUGAAAAAUGGAUAGGUACAAGGUGGGCAAAGAAGAUUGAAGCCAGAGAAAAGAAAGCCAAGAUGACAGACUUUGAUCGCUACAAGGUCAUGAAGGCAAAGAAAAUGAGGAACAGGAUCAUCAAGCAUGAAGUAAAGAAGCUCCAGAAGCAAUCUUCCAAAAAAGCAUAAACUGUCAGUAGUCAAAUAAAGUUCCAGUUUACUAUA